AUGGAAAAGCAUCGAUCAGCACAGUUGAACAAGGAUGAUGACGAGGAGUUCUAUGAGAAGAUUGAAGCGCCGAAGUAUGUUGAUUUUACCGUUCCCCAUCCACCUCUUCCAGACGAUCGUUCCUGGUUUUGUUUGCGUGUCGGAUGCGAUCAGAAGCAUGAAGAAGACAUGGAUCCUGAUGCUCUUUAUAGAAGUUUCGUUCUUCGGGUUAUGGCAGCAAGGAGCCCCAACAUAAAACUUCAGAAGGCAUUGAGUAGAAUAGCUCCACAUGCAAAUAUUAAAUGCCCCCAAUCAGCACCAGCAAAAUCUUCAGAGAAUAGAAUAUCAAGAUUCACUGCAAUCACAUUGGCUUCUCAAAAGAUGGCUGAUACAACGUCAAAAACCCAUCCAAUAUCUAGGCUUAACUCAGCUUCAAAUGCAAAGGCUAAGCAAUCUUCUGUUGCUGCAAAGGCUAUGACGACUCCUAGGAAUAAAAAGUGCCUCCCAGGUCCAGAUCCUUUGCGUAUUGCUCAGAACCCCAAAACAGCUGUUUCAUUGACAAAGAAUAGAGUGGUCUCGAAGGCCCUGAUAUUCCACACACCAAAGAAAAAUGAAAGGGUGAAAACUUCGUUACAUUCGCAUAAUCCAGUCACAGAAUUAUGUGAACAGGUGAAGAAGCUUGAGAUAACCAGUCAACAAAAGCAGGGACGUUCACGUAUUGUAUCAUCGAGGUACAAUGCUAGUAACAAGGUUCCUACUUCCAAAGCACAUUUGAGGCCCAGAAAGCUCCAAAGUCAAGCUGAGGUUUCAUUAAUUUCUCAAGAUUCCAAGGAUGGCCAGGUUGCAGAAUCUUCAAGAUGUCUGAAGAGCAAAACCAAAGCCAAUUUACCUAAAUGUAAUCAAUCUUUGACCCAUGAAGGGAUUGAUGACGACUCCAGUGAUAUGGAAAUUGAUGGAAAAUCAAGGGAUGGCUCCUUAGAAGUAUCUUCUGUAUCAGGUAGUUCCGGAAAUAAUGAAAAUGACAAGGCCCUAAUAAUUGUAAAGGCCUCAGAAAAUUUAGUUGCAACUUCUACUCGAGAUGAAAAUAAUCCAAUUGGGGAGAAUCCAGUAGCAAGUUCAAGCAAUGUCACAGCCUUACUUUCAAAUUCAGAGGACAGAGGAUCGAAUUAUGAGGGGCGGAAAGAUUUAGAAGUUGGUGUUCCCAAACGUCAAACUCCCAAUGUAGCAGGAGUUGAGAAUUAUGCCGUGGGAAGUGAUGAUAAAGAAAAUGCUUUGUUGCCUGAUGAUAACAGAGAAAUCAACAUCAAUAAUAGCCACUCUAAAACAAAGAUCCUGAGCAAGCGUGAAGCUCAUGAAAAGUCUAAGAAGGUCAUUCGAGAGCUUGGUAAAAGGGUUACUUGUGCUGCUACUGGUGCCCAAAAGUACAAGAAAACAAAGCUAACAAACCCUAAACCUUUCCGGCUACGGACUGAUGAAAGGGGCAUUCUUAAGGAGGCAAACCUGGAUAGAAGGUUGCAUUUUCUUGCUCCUUCCAAAGAAAAUGCAACAACAGUCCAAAGGUUAUCUACUGGAAGGUUGCAGAGAAGACAUCUGAUGGAGACUCAAAAAACUGAGAAGUCCCAUGAAGCCACCAACCAAACUGAAUCAGGAAAAAGAGUUAAAAAGCAACAACUGAAAAAUGCACAUCUUAAAACAUCAAAAUGUGCAACAGAGACAAAAGUGAUGUCAACCAUUCGAAAAAGCCAGAAGUGGGAAGAAGGUAAGGAGAGAGCAGGCCAAAAAGCAGAGAGCAGCUCAAAAAAGGCUAAAUCACCUUUCUUGCGGCAACAACUUGUCAAGCCUCCAAGGAUGGCUUCAGCAAGCAGCAAGGCAACAGUUCCACUAGCAUCAACUAGCCAGUUGAGCACAAUAAAAGAAACUUCAUCAGCAAUUUCACAGCGCAGGGAAGUAGUAGAGCCAACUGGCAAUGGCAACACAAACACCAUCAGUAAAGCAACAGCCAUAAGGUCAUGUUCAAGAGGUAAAAGACCUGCAACAAUUCCAAAGGAACCAAACUUUCAGAUUGUCCAUAUACCAAGGAGUUGCACAAAGAAGCUGUCCCAUCCAAUUCCGUCAUGAAUUUAUUCCUUUGUUUACUGUAUUUUAUAUUCAUGUUGUUCAAUUAUUUCAUUGAAAUCUCUUUCUUUUGUUUUACAAAGCAAACAAUGUAAUUUAUAUUCACAGGUUUGUGCUUA